CUGUGCGUGUCUGCGAUGAGGAUUGGGGUUCAAGCCAGACUCCCUGAUCUGCAGUACAGUAAUGCGCACACUGUCUCUCUCUCUCAGCUCAUUGUCCAGAAGGUGCUGGUGAUCUGUGCUGUGUGCGCAGUGCCUGUCCUGCUGCUUGGGAAACCUCUCCAUACCUACUGUAACCACCGAGCCAAGCUCAGAAACAAGCGCCCAUCUAAUUCAGACCGCCGCCCCCUACUGGCUUCAGAAGAAACAGCAUCUAUCAAUGCUGCUGAUGGAGAUCUGGAGAGUCAAGGAGCAGAGCAUGAAGAGUUCCAGUUCUCAGAGGUGUUCAUGCACCAGGCGAUCCACACUAUAGAGUACUGCCUGGGUUGCAUCUCCAACACUGCCUCCUACCUGCGGCUGUGGGCCCUGAGCCUGGCACACGCGCAGCUGUCCGAGGUGCUGUGGACCAUGGUGAUGCACCUGGCGCUGUCCUGGUCCGGUCUGGUGGGCUCGGUGGUCCUGUUCGUGGUGUUCUCUGUCUUCGCUGUCCUCACCAUCUCCAUCCUGCUGGUGAUGGAGGGCCUGUCCGCCUUCCUGCACGCCCUGAGGCUGCACUGGUGAGACACAGACAGGGGUCAGAGACUCUGGCCAUGGCCUGCGGUCAG